UGUUGGCGAUCCAAGUGCUAAAACUCCUUCCAAAUCUGAUAAGCAAGCUGCCGAAGCCUCGAAGGCAGCUGACGAGUCCAUAUCAAAAGUUCUAGACUGGUUUAAAAGGAGUUCUAGUACCGACAGCGAAGGGACCGCUCCGUCGUCAGCCUCUCAAGGGAGGGAGCCCUCGGAGGAGACAAGAAAGCUGGCCACAACUAAAGAAGAGAAUGCUUUAAGUCAAGACAUAGUAAACCUGGAUCCUUUAUGUGACAGCAAAGCGCUGACCACCAAGGACAUUUUCUUCCAUGAUGGAGGCAGCCAGCCAGAGUUGUUGUCGUUUGCACAGAAUAGACAUCCAAGCCGUCUGCUGCCGGAGGAACAAAGAUUCAGCCGUGACGGCAAAGGAAGAGACAUUGCAGAGCCAAGAGACCAGAGGAGCGCACCUUUUCAGGCCACCAGCCAGGAAAUGAACUAUGCAGGUGAAACAAACCUUUUGGAGGAAGCUGAUGGAGGAAGCAAAGCGGAAGGUGAAACUGCCGCUUGCAGAGAACCGAAGUUUGCUGAUGGUAUAAAGCUGGGUUUAAGUGCUGACUCUUCUGGAAAAGAAAGGGAAGUGGAAAAUAGUACUCGGGCUGAUGGGGAGAGAAGCGUUAGCUCGUACAUUAAAGGAGGCAGCUUUGAGCAUCAAGCUGGAGUGCUCCUUAAGGAAGGGGAAGAAUCCGGCUUGCCAGAGAAGGGAAUCGUUCAAAGGGAUGCAAGUGCUGACCGAAGGAAUCUGCCUUGGAUGCAGCACCAAGAAAUCAAACAAACGUCUCCAAUAGAGGAUCAAAAAAGGAUAAAGGACAUCAGGGCUUUCUGGGAAAAGGAGCAGACAAGUCCAAGGUCUGGAAAUCAGGAGGAUCUGUUAACUAAAAAUACAUCCAUUAAUAAAGGGACUCAUGGCUAUAAGAGCGAAAGUAGAAAAAUAAAGCCAGCCGGUGAGUCUUUAGGUUACGUUAGAGGAGAAUCUGACAGCGAGGAAGGCAAAUAUAAUUUGGUUACCUUCAGACGAGUUGAAUUGAGUGAUGAUUCUGAGCCUAAUGAUAGCAACGUUAACUUGUCUUUAAGAAGAAUUAAGCCUGAGCUAACUGAUAAAUCACAAGGGGGAAGUCCUGUUACCAGAUCAAGCAAAACACUUCCAAGCAACUGGAAGGGCGCUGGAUUUACUGAAUCGUCGGAGGCAGGUAACUUGAAGACAGGAAAUGAUGCAAUGUUGUCUCCCAAGAAAGGUAGAGACAUACAGACGGUUGCUUUGGCCAAAGACAAGAUGUCCUCCACUCUGCAACAGAAGCCCAACUUUACGGUCCAUUCAUUGAAGGAAAAAGUCAAUGAAGAAUCCAAGUCUGAAAUGCUCAAUCCUUCACAGUUCCAAAGCCUGAGAAGUUUUUGGGGGGCUGGAGUCAAGCCACAGGGUAGGAUCGAGGAAGCCAAAGAAACGAGAAUCCCACAUAGCAAUUCUGGGGGAACUUCUCAGCAACCAUCAAUGGAAGUAAAAGGGGUUAGAGACGAAGCAGGCCAGAUCUGUUUGGAAGAAGAAGAACAGAAAAGUGAGACCAAUGAAGGUUUUUUAAAAGCAACUCCCAACCAACCCUUGUUGGCAAAUGAAGCGUCUAGGAAAAGUUUACGAUUUGUCCCCCAAGAGAACAGCUACUUGGUUGAGUUGGCUGUUUCAGAACCCUUGGAGAAGAUGACGCCUCCAGGGAAAGAAGUGGAGGAAAGUGUAGAGAGAACAGUGGUCCCAUCAAAAAUGCAACCCAUCUUGUUUAACAGAGACUUGCAGAAAUUGUUAAUACAAACAUCUCAGGAAUCCUUACCAGCAGGCCUGCUGUCUGAUGAAAGAGGAGCUCCGAAGGAAACAGAGGGGCAAACUCACACUGACCACGCCAUCCAACACAGGACUGUCUCCACAGACGUUAGCAGCAACGUUGGACAUACAACAAGUGAGAUUGCUGAGACUGUACACAGAACAGUGAUUCCACCAAACGUUGAUGUUGAUUCUUUUAACGCAGGCAUAGAAAGACUGGUCAAGGAAGCUUUGGAUGCCAGGCCCUCUUCUGAUGGCAGUGGAGCAGUGAAUACUUCCAAGCAAUCUGCUCCUCCGUCGGAGGAGAGAAGUUUUUACAAUAAGGUGAUGCAGCUCAGCCGCAAUGCUCAUCCCACUGAUCAAGCCAAGAGGGAUGUUGUCCCCCAAAGUUUAGAAAAACGUGUCUCCACCUCAGAUCAAAAUGUCAGAUUUAAAACUGAGGGGGACGCGCCUGCGGAAACAAGGGGUAUCAAUUCAGCACUUCGGACAGCUCCUAACCACAAGGAGUUCCAAGUAUAUCAGGAUGAUGUUUCUUCUCAGAAAAAGGACCUCCGUAUUCCCUCACCAACACUAAUAUUGCCUGAUGCUCGUCUUGCUGCUCUGAAUAGAGCAGAAACUCCUGGAAAAGAAGUUUCGGACAUGGUCACAGAAUCCAGGGUCCCACUGAAAAGGGAAAACCACGAUUUGAAUUCUCAGCUACUGAUUCUUCUGAAAGAAACUUCAGAAUUCCCUUCUGUUUCAUGCAUGACAGAGAGCGUUUCCAAAGCAGCCGCUGGUGGUCUUCCUGGAGAAGGUCAGGAAGCAUCUUAUCAGCAAGUAAUGGCAACGUCCGCUCUUCCUUCCCCCGCAACGGUCAGUCUUUCAAGAGAGACCAGCAGGGAAAAAACAGAGAAAAGGGAUGAUGGCUUUGGUAGAAUGGGAGAGGAUCCAAAUGGAGAGACCGCCAUGGUGUUCCCAUUUGUAAACCAGAAAAAUGUCAGAGGUCAGUCACAUGAUCAGGGUCGUGGAGAUGUGACCUCUGUUGGCAAGCUGGUGGAGCUGCAGCUGAAGGAAGUGGCCGAGACAGUAGUGAAAACAGUUAAACCAAAUGCAUUGGAACCGACCAGAUUCAAGGACAGUUUAAAUAAUCUGAUGAAGGAGGACUCCCAGGUUUUUGUCAGAGAUAUUGAGUUUCCCAAGCCAGUGUUUGUCUCAUUAUGCCCCAGCAAUGGUGAGAAGGAUAUGCCACCGUUUCAAGAAAUACAUGAAUCUGUAGAAAAAGCAACCGUUCCUUCCAAUUCCGUGUAUGGCGAAUUCCAAACUAACUUCCGGAAACUGCUCAUGGAAGACACGACAUUCCUGCCCUCCAAUCAGGAUGGCCGCAAGAUGGAAAGAACAGCCAAUGACAAGAGUGAGCCCAACCAGAUGUCAGGUUUGGUUGGCCGACAAGAGGUGGGUCUUCAGGAAGUUGAGGAAACUGUCCACAAGACCGUCGUCCCAGCCAAGCGCCAGCAAAAUGAACUUAAUUCUGGUUUGCAAAAGUUGCUUGCAGAAUUUUCCCACAUGUCUCCUGCUCAGAUACAAGAGUUGGGUGAAAAACUGAAGGCAAAAUUGCAAACUGGCCAGGGUGUAGAGGAAACAGGGGACCUUUCCCAAGACAGUGUGGAGAAAUCUGUUGCCCCAUCAGAGGAGACUGUAUUUGAUUCUUAUUCAGGAAAGUUAACCAAAGAAGACUCUGGCGCUUCUUUGCAGCUGUCCAAAGACAGAAACCUAGAAGCGCCUUAUGAUUCAACGUCUCGGUCAGAGGACAGAAACGUGUUGGUAACGAUGCCCGCAUUGAUUCGGAGGUCGUCGAGCGAUUAUCGUAGCGAGCUUAAAAUACCGCUGAAGGGAAAGGCUUCCAAGCCAGAUGUCCAAGUCCCGGCAGACGGAAAGAUUUCUGUUGUCCCUGUGGGAAAUUUGUUUUCCCAGAAAAUAGAGCAGGUGAACCUACUGUCAGCCGAAGCUCCACUUCCAGGCAAAGAGGAGAGUUCUCCAACAGUGGCUAAGGCAGAUGAGACAGAGACCGGAUACGACACACAGAGAGAUACAGGAGUGGUUUCCAGCGCAAAUGUAACCCUUGAUGGCGGAACUGAAGAAAUGGAUGUACUUCUGGGACCCCGACGCACAAGCACCCCACGUGCGGAACAGGAAACCCCUCCUCGAUUAAGCCAAGUUGAGCUGAUACUUGCUGUCCGUCAUAGAAAGAAUGAGGAAUAUGAAGGUGCCAGGAGUUUCGGAUCAGAUCUUUCCAACGAAAGCAUCGAUUAUUCCCUUGCAGAGAGCAAAAGAAAUUCAACGUGUUCGGCAGAAGACCCAAACCCUGUUCUGGAGGCUUUGAAAAGGAGUUCAAAUAGGCAAAUCCCUUCCAAAAGUCUAGAGGACAUACCAUCGGCCACAUCAAAUGAAGGAAAAGUAAAUACUCGAAAGGAGGACUUAAUGCUUAGUGCCGAAGAUGAUCAGAAAGCCAUUCAGCGCCAUGAGCCACAUACAACCACACCAGGAAUUUCCGCAGCACCUUCUUUCCCCGUUAACCAGUUCUCCAAUCCGGAGAAAGUCAAAAGGAUGAGCAAAUCAGUCCCGACGUUUCUGCAGGAGGAGAGUGAUGGCAGAGAGACAGACACAGCGUCAGAGAACAGUUACUCGCUUGGCAAGAUCAAGAAGAGCCCCAGUUCGCUAACCAAUCUUAGUGGCUCUUCUGGCUUGGCAUCUUUGUCUUCUGUGAGCACAAGCGUGGUGAGCGUCUACAGCGGAGACUUUGGCAACGUGGACGUGAAAGGGAAUAUCCAGUUUGCCAUCGAUUACGUGGAGCAGCUGAAGGAGCUGCAUAUUUUUAUUGCCCAGUGCAAGGACUUGGCAGUGGCAGAUGUCAAGAAGCAACGUUCAGACCCGUAUGUGAAGUGUUACCUGCUGCCAGAGAAAUACAAACUGGGCAAAAGGAAGACCUCUGUGAAAAAGAAAACGUUGAAUCCUGUCUAUAAUGAAAUACUGCGGUACAAAGUCGACAAGAUCCUCCUGACAUCCCAGAGGCUGAAUAUCUCCGUGUGGCAUAAUGACACAUUUGGACGCAACAGUUUCUUGGGCGAAGUGGACCUGGACUUGGGCUCGUGGGACUGGGAUGACCGGCAGAUCAAGCAGAUGAUCUGGUACCCGCUUAAGCCUAGAGCUCCGUUGGCUUCUCUGGAGCUGGAGAACAGAGGCGAGAUUAAGCUCUCUCUCCAGUAUAUCCCACAACCUGAUGGAGGCAAAAAGCCUUCAGCCACUGGAGAAGUCCACAUUUGGGUGAAGGAAUGCCAUGACCUCCCACUUCUCAAGGGCAACAAGCUCAAUACCUUCGUGAAAUGUACCGUUCUCCCGGACACGAGUAGGAAAAGCCGCCAGAAAACACGAGCUGUGGCCAAGGCAACCAAUCCGGUAUUCAACCACACGAUGGUCUACGAUGGCUUUAAGUUUGAAGAUCUGAAAGAGGCUUGUGUAGAACUUACUGUCUGGGACCACAAACAGCUAGUGAAUCACUUCUUGGGAGGCCUCAGGAUAGGACUUGGAACAGGUAAGAGCUAUGGCACUGCAGUAGACUGGAUGGAUUCUACGUUAGAAGAAACCAGUUUGUGGGAAAGGAUGAUGAAUUCACCAGACCAGUGGGUUGAAGGCACUCUGCCACUCAGGAUGCUAACAAUAGCAAAGAUGACUAAAUAGCGACACUCUGAUUCUUCGCCUCCAGCUUGGUGGCUUGCUGGGGUGGAAAUGGACUGAGGAGCGAGGGCAAAGAUCCUGGCAUGUUUCCUCCCGGCAUAAAUCUGAAAGAGGGCACUUCUGUUGGCAGCCUUUCUCUUUUUAAAACUGCAAUUUGCUUUUUAAAAAUACACAUUAAUCUUUGCCUACUGGCAGGCACCUUUAUGAUGUCAAACCCCUUAAUCUUUAAUAAAGAUUAAUUAAAUAAUAAAAUGUGAAACGUAUUUAAAAUAUUAUGUACAGUUUUCCUAUGUGCAGCAACUACCUAGAAUACACUAUAACAGGCUGGUAUUCUAGUGUAUUCUAGGUAGUUGCUUUUGUUUCUCACUGUACCACUGUUCUGUUGUUUCCAUUUUCCUGUGCGACCAUGUUAACUAAGGAAAGAAAAAAAAUGUUGAUUAUUUGAUUAAAUAAGCUACAUUUGCUCACUCGG